CUUCCGCCGGGUCUUUGUCCGUCACCCAAAAGCUUCCGGUGCGUCGUCAGCGUGAUUUCCCGGUGAAGGUCUCUACACGCAAACAUGCCUCUCGCAAAGGAUCUGUUGCACCCGAGUUGCGAGGAGGAGAAGAGGACACACAAGAAAAAACGCCUUGUUCAGAGUCCAAAUUCCUAUUUUAUGGACGUCAAAUGUCCAGGCUGCUAUAAGAUCACCACAGUGUUCAGCCACGCUCAGACUGUAGUGCUGUGUGUCGGCUGUUCCACAGUCCUCUGCCAGCCGACAGGAGGGAAAGCUCGCCUCACAGAAGGGUGUUCAUUUAGGAGGAAACAGCACUAGUUUGACCAGAGGUGGUUGGACACGGUUGUGGAUGACCAGAGCUUGGGGUCAUGAAGUAACACUGCCAUGGAGCUGAUGCCUUAAUGAGGAAAUGGGGAGCGGAAAUACAAAUCAUGUAUUAUUAUAAGUCUCUAUCGUAUAUGCACGGAGAAAUGCUUGACAUUUUUGAAACACCACCUAUCCAAUAAUUCAUCCCUCUUAUUAAACUUAGGUUGUUUUUUUGGUUAAAAUAAUCUUGCAUGUUUGUCAUCCAGUUUGUUCUUUAUACCUCGUUAAGGUUCUCAAAUGUCAUCUGUCAGGUUAAAAUCAGGACCAUUUAAAAGGUGCUGGUACAGUUCAGGGCAUUUGAGUACAGAUGUGAGGCCUCAAUAGCUUUUGUGUCAAGUGAUUAGCAUCUGUUUGCAUUACACCUCCAAUGAUUAAGCACAGCCAUUUAUAGGAAGGUGGGGGUGUAUGAUGAGCCUUGCUGAUAUUUUGUACCAGCUGCUCAGCACUAUUUAUGCAAAUUUGCUUUAAAAACACUAGACCAGUUAUAGUAAGGUGAUGCACUAUGGCUGAAAUGGCAAAUUACAGCUAAGAAACUGCUCUUAACUACAGUUUUACUAUGUUAAAGCUGCACUUUGGCGUAAUUGACUGUUGUCUGGUUUGUGUUACGAGCUGGUAAUAAAUCCAGACACUCAAUACCUGUCAAUGCCACAGUUCAGCAUUUAAUUUAAAGGUAGACGACGAUGUCAUCAGUGAUUGCUCCAAAGCCAGUGGCGUUGGUCCAGGGCCAACUCUGAGCGUCAAUUUGAUUCAGGGAAAGUUGUUGCUGGCUCUGCUUCUGAUGGCUUUUAAACACAGAACAUUGACGUGACACUAAGUAUCAUUAUGAGUGAUUUAUGGUUGUGCAAGCUUCCGGUGAAAAUGAUAAUGUGGGAUGAAUUCAGGUGAAGUUGCAAAAAUAAUCACUCACUUUGUUGGAGUUAAAUCUGCUGAAAUCAUUUGUGUCCUCCAGUUUGCUGAGCUUUAACAGUUUGGGCUUGUGGGUCUGUGUGAGGGAGUUAAACACUGAAUAAAGAUAUUAAUUUAGCAGAGGGAGUGAAUGAUCGCUUGUUAUGGUGACAUUGCUUGUAUACGGCUUACAAAUAAAAUCAUGAUAAUAUAA